AUGGCCGAACGACGAGUUACUGAGAUAAACAGUGGUGAUGAGGAGUUUGGUCCUCUCCCUCCGGAUGGACCCGCAUCGUCGCCCCGGAAACGCAAGAUUGAUUUCAAUGAUUCACUAUAUCUUCCAAAUUUGCCAGAUGCAUCGCGUUACGAGCGAAGCUUUGCCCACAAGGCUAUUGUUCGCCAUAUUGUCUGUAGCGCACCUACGCGUUACAUUGCUACUGGCAGCGAUGACGGUUACAUCAGUUUCUGGUACUACGACACUGACGGGGUCCAGUUUGUGAAGCGGUUUGAAGCACAUGGAGCUCGUAUCACUCAGAUGCGUGGUACACGCGAUGGACUCGUGCUAGGAAGCAUUUCGUUGGACCGGAAGUACAAUCAUAUCGACUUUCCCUCUUUUGACGUAGUUACCAGGCUUAAUUUGGAAUUUGUACCGCUAUGCUUCGAGUUUAUCACAAAUCAUACGUCACCGCACACGAUUGUUGCAAUAGCAUCAGCAGGAGAUAGCCGUGUCUACAUAUACAAACCCACCAUCAGUUCGGCCCCAUUGAACUCUAUUAACAUCAGCACAAGCGACGUACACACUCUAGUCUACAACGCUCGUUUCGAUGUGUGCCUAGCUGCCAACCGGCUGGGAGAUGUUGACAUAUUCGAUGCAAACACAUUCAAAUUCCCUUCACGACACUCACAACUAUCAUUCCAAAUGAAAGGGGAUACUGAUCUUUACGAGCUACGUAAGCUUAACACCCAUGCGGUCUCAAUUGCCAUAUCACCCAGUGGUGAGUUUGCGGCAAUGCACUGUCAUGAUGGGAUGAUACGGUUGUACCGCUUCCGUACACUACGGCUGUUCAGAGUUUACGACGAAAGCUUAAUGAUGUACUCCGCUGCUCAGAGCGAUCCCAAUGCAGAGACACUCCACCUCGACCCGCUCGACUUUGUUAAGCGUAGAGCCCAGGAACUUGAAAUAUUCAAGGUAGGAGUUGACCAGGGAGAGUACAGCGGGAUGUGCUUUGAUUCGUCGUCAAAUUACCUAAUAUACCCAUGUAUGCUAGGUAUCAAGGUGGUGAACAUCAUAACUAAUACGCUAGUGCGUGUCAUUGGUGGUUCGGAAUUGUCGGUACGUUUUUUGAAAGUUGUACUUCUGCAACAUGCUUCAAAAAAGAGGCACCACAGUACAGCUUCCUCAUCGCAUGGUGAUGCUAUGGAACCACUGGCGUUAGCUACUGGGUUCCAAAAAUGCCGUAUGUUCCUAUUCAGCACCCGCGAACCAACAGAUGAGGAUCUCGAGAGCCGAGAUGUCGGAAGUACUUCGGAACCGAAAAAUAUGUCUGGUUCAUUACAGGGCGCCAUUUCUACAACACCAGGCGAACGAUUGGCACGUGAGGCGGUCAUCCACACUAGCAUGGGUGACAUACACGUGCGACUAUUUUACAAGGAUUGCAAACGUACCGUAGAAAACUUUACGGUACACGCCUUGAACGGAUACUAUAAUGGCUGCAUAUUCCACCGAGUGAUACCGAACUUCAUGAUACAGGGCGGAGACCCAAGUGGCGACGGGACUGGAGGCGAGUCGAUUUGGGGCAGUGAAUUUGAAGACGAGAUUGUACCGCAUUUGAAACACGACCGACCAUUUACACUCUCUAUGGCUAACGCUGGACCCAAUACUAACGGGUCACAAUUUUUUAUAACGACCGUACUAUGCCCGUGGCUUGACGGUAAACACACAGUGUUCGGGCGAGUUAUAGGAGGGACAGACAUCGUGCAGGCAAUUGAACGGGUGCCAACCAACAGCGAUGAUAAACCAUUAACUGAUGUCAAAAUCAUCAAUGUAAAAACGGUGUUUUGA